GAUAUUGUAGUUUGUGUGGUUUACUAGUGUUUUCAAAAAUGGGCUCUGAAACGGAAUUGUCGACUAAACGAGAAAGAAACUGGAUGAAAGUUUUAUUUCAUCUACAAAUGACUAUUUCUUUUCUAUGUAGUUUACACUAUGUUAUAAAUCAAUCUUAUUGGACUACAAUUUUUUACAGUAUUUUUAUUAUCAUGAUCUCAUAUUUGGGAGUAACAGCAGGUGCACAUAGAUUAUGGGCUCACAAAUCGUAUACAGCAAACACUCAAUUACGAUUCUUCCUAGCAAUGUGUCAAACUUUAGCGGGUUGUGGUUCCAUUUAUGACUGGGUUAGAUGGCACAGACUCCAUCACAAACACUUCAAUACAGUUUUAGACCCAUUUAAUCCUAGCCUUGGUUGGUUUUAUGCUCACAUCAACAGCAAUACAUUAUCUCUGAGCCCAGCGCAGGAAAAAGCUCUGGAGGAAAUUGACAUGUCAGAUUUAGAAAAUGACAAGAUUGUUAUGUAUCAAAAGAAGUUGUAUAAUGUGUUGUACAUUUUCUUCACAUUUUUAAUAGUAAUCAAUGCACCCGCUGAAUAUUGGGGAGAAGAUAUUCUUACAGCAAUCUUUAUCGCAGGGUGGAUGAGGUAUUAUGUUACGUUACAUUUAGUAUGGUUGAUCAACAGCGCUACAAGAAUUUGGGGUUUGCAACCUGGAGAAAAAUAUCCUUGUGACACAAACUUAGUGUUUAUUUUGAGCAAAAACUUUUGGCUAUCCUAUCAUUAUCUGGCUCCUUGGGACUACCAAACUAGCGAGUACAGCAAAUAUGGAACUGACUACGUGUCGACAUUUAUUAGGGUUUGUGCUGCACUAGAGUAUGCAACUGACUUGAGGACAAUCGACAGUGAAUCUGUUCGUUCAGCACUAUUUACAUCCAUGCGUGAAAAGAAAAAUAUUCAAGAAGCGUUGGAAGAAGCUAGUGACACUUGUAAUCUACCAAAAACUCACUAUUUAACUCCUUCCAAAUAUUACUGAUAUCGCAUUUCUCAGUUUUUUUU